CGUCACAUGUUAUCUGCGCGCGAAAUGGUCGUAUGACUAGCUCGCUUGUUUUAUGUUUGUCGUGGUUUUUAGUAUGUGUUUAACUUUGUACAUAUUUUAAUUUAAGUAUCGCGUAUUUAGGCGUUAAAUAAGUAAAUUAUUACGAUUGCAAACGACUUCAACUGGCCCUGAUCUGUACCAUGAGCCGCUAUUUCACAAGAUUAAGAGUGAGAAGAUCUUACAAAUGGAAUGGUGCACCUAUCAGUGAAGACAGAAAGCUGAGAAGACUCUACUAUAAGUCCUUGACCAUUUCUGUGGAGGGAAGGCCUGAAAAUGCAAAGGUGUCUUUAGGCCAGUACAUUCUAAUUGAAGGAGAUGAUGACGACAAUCCCUUUGUUGCACAACUUGUCAAACUCUACUCUGAUGAUUCAGGGAAAAAGAAGACUGCUGUGGUCCAGUGGUUUUUGCGGAUGUGUGAGGUACCUCAAAACAAACGAAAGCUUUUGGGCAGAGACCCCCAUCCUCAGGAGAUUUUUUACUACCAGGAACACUCUUGUGAUAAUGAAGUGGAUGCAGAGACCAUCCUUGCAACAGUACAGAUUCAGCAUGUCUCAGCUGAAGAGCCUUUCCCAGAGGAAAAGAGCAAAGACACCCUCUUUGUCAAACUCUCGUGGGACACUAAAGCUUUCCAUCCAUUGGACCCUGAGCUAAUGCAGCCACCUCAGAGCCCUAAAUCCCCUCCACCGUCCUCACGCAGACCCCAGACUCGCAUUCUUCCGACUCCGGACCCCACGGUAAUGAAGAGGGCAAUGUCAGGCGUCUUAACCCGUGGCAGCAUGAGUGCCGGCAAGAUUAGCACAGUCGAGGCGGAGGCGGAGUCUCUCCACUCUGCCUCCAAACUCUCUGCAGCUAAAGCUCUCAGCGCAAAGAGGAGAAGCAGGGCUGCCUCCGGACCGCAUGUUCGCAAGAAGUUGGACUUGUGCAGUCCGAGUAAAAACAGGACUCGAGAUGAAGUUCUGGGUGAGAUUCUUGAUGAAGGCCAAAAAAGCAACAAUGAGACCACAAGAAAGCUUACGUCUAAGUUGAAUACUUCUCCGACGGGCCGCAUUUCCAUUUCUAUUAGAUUGACCCCUCUGUCCUUAGACACUAUUGAAAAAGCCACCACAGCCGCACAGGAAAAUGACCGUGCAUCCAGUACCUUUUUUGGGCUGCAGCCGCUUGAGGACGAUGAUACAGAGCCACUGGUUAGCACAGGCAGAACUCCCCGGAAAAGGGAAGCAACCCCUAGGAGAGCAGGUCUAAGGGGACCAAAGACUCCAUCCAGGAGGAAAGAUUCAACUGCGCUCAAAGAACCGACACUUGCUGCUUUAGCUGAAGAGGAGCAUGAAGAUUCACCUGUGCAGACAGCUGCAACCCCUCGGUCCAAGAGGAAAUCUGCCCAGGUUGUGUCCGCACGCAUCCGAAAGCAGCUAAAUAUGCUGGGCAACAAGGCUGACCUUCAGUCAGAUGGUGAAGAUGGCGACGAUGACGAUGACUGCUUCGUACCUGCAAAGCUUGACCUUCAGAGCAGUAGCGAUGAGGAUGAGGAGGCAAAGAUCGACAGUGAAGAUGAGCUCAUAGUGAAGAGGCGUAGAGGCUCCAAGACAACGCACACUACUGAGAAAACCAGCGUUUCUGCAAGAACGCCACGUAAAACACCCAGCAAAAAGACGACUCCAGCUACCCCACGUACACCACGUCACGCCACUCCCAGCAUUCCUAGCAGAAGUGCACCAGCCAGAAAGCCAGGGAAUGUUCUGGAAGAAGCUCGAGCACGGUUACAUGUGUCUUCAGUCCCAGAGUCUUUGCCCUGUCGAGAACAAGAGUUUCAGGACAUCUACAACUUUGUGGAGAGUAAAGUCAUUGAUGGGACUGGAGGGUGUAUGUAUAUUUCAGGUGUUCCUGGUACCGGUAAGACUGCCACGGUACAUGAGGUGAUCCGGUCUCUUGAGCUGUCCGCAGAACAAGAUGAGAUCCCUCAGUUCCGCUUCAUUGAGAUUAACGGGAUGAAAAUGACAGACCCUCACCAGGCUUACGUACAGAUACUGCAGAAACUGACCGAUCAAAAAGCAACACCUGACCAUGCUGCCGCCCUUUUGGAGAAGCGUUUCAGUGCCCCAGCACCCAAAAAAGAGACUACUGUGCUUUUAGUAGAUGAGCUUGAUCUAUUGUGGACCCGGAAACAGAACGUGAUGUAUAACUUGUUUGAUUGGCCGACCAGACGAAAUGCUCGCCUGGUGGUGCUAACUAUAGCAAACACUAUGGACUUGCCCGAGAGAAUCAUGAUAAACCGUGUAGCCAGUCGACUGGGUCUGACAAGAAUGUCCUUCCAGCCAUACACCUUCAAACAGUUACAACAAAUCAUCACGUCAAGACUGAACAGAGUGAAGGCAUUUGAAGAAGAUGCUCUCCAGCUCGUCUCAAGAAAGGUUGCAGCGCUUUCUGGUGAUGCACGACGUUGCCUUGAUAUCUGCAGACGGGCCACUGAAAUUUGUGAGCACUCUGCUAGUCACCAGAAGAAUGGCGGACUGGUCGGAAUGAGUCAUGUGAUGGAGGCCUUGGAUGAGAUGUUUUCGUCUUCCUACAUCACAGCCAUUAGGUGUGCCUCUCUUCAGGAGCAGCUCUUUUUGAGAGCUGUUAUUGCAGAAUUUCGUCGACUGGGUCUGGAGGAGGCCACUUUCCAGCAGGUGUUUGUCCAGCACCAGGCUCUGUGUCGUGUUGAGGGUCUGCAUCCGGUGAACGUGUCUGAAGGGUUGGCGGUCUGUCAGAGACUGGGUUCUUGUCGCCUGCUUCUCCUUGAGGCCAGUCGACUGGAUGUGCUGCUCCGUAUCCGACUCAAUGUAAGUCAGGACGAUGUGCUUUAUGCCCUGAAGGCCGACUGAAAAGAUACUUUGGAAUUAUGUAUGACAGUAUAGUUUGGGAAUUUCCUAGUGUACCCUGUGCUCUAACUGCCAACCGGUUCACUUGUCAAAACGUUCAGGGACCAGAUUUUAAAAUCUUGUUUGGCACUUCAUCGCCGUUCUCUGUGACUGGCCAAAAAACUAGACUCUGGAAAUGUGGGAUUCCACUGAAUGUGGGAUUUUGUCCAGCAUGUUUUGUAUAAGUCAUAGUUUUUAAUGCUUAAUGUUGUGCGUGUAUAGUCUUAUAAGUUAUAAGUUUUAAUUGUGCGUUUAAUGGCUGUUGGUGUUUGUACUAAUUCAUAAUGUUUAUCUACAGUUAACAGUAUAAUUUGCACAGAAUGCUGCUUCAUAAUUUGUUUUUUUAAACAUUUUAUUCAGCAGAGUAAGUCACAGAUUAUAACCUAAUAAUUUGUUUAAUAUGUACAGUUUCCAAACAGUGUACAGAGAUUUGAUUGAUUCAGAUUUUACUUAUGUUGUCUUCAUUCAAUAAAGUUACUGUUCAAGCUUAAAAA